AUGAAGGUCGUAGAGGACGAGCGGCCCAUCCGCGUGAUGGACGGCGCGUGGAGCACCGAGGGCGUGAUAAGGGAGAUCGCGGCCGAGGGCACACAGGAGGACCCCUUCUACCUGAUGGACCUCGGCGAGGUCGUCGCCCGGUACCACCACUGGAAGGAGCUGCUCCCGCGCGUCGAGCCGUUCUACGCCGUCAAGUGCAACGACGACAAGCUGCUGGUGAGCACGCUGGCGGCGUUGGGCGCCGGCUUCGACUGCGCGUCCAAGGCCGAAAUCGAACUGGUCACCGCCGUCAAGUGCAACGACGACAAGCUGCUGGUGAGCACGCUGGCGGCGUUGGGCGCCGGCUUCGACUGCGCGUCCAAGGCCGAAAUCGAACUGGUCACCGGUCUGGGAGUGCGCCCCGAACGCAUAAUAUUCGCGAAUCCGGCCAAGAUGGCGUCCCACAUCCGCCACGCGUCCACCGUGGGCGUGGACCUGAUGACCUUCGACUCUGAGACCGAGCUGGUCAAGAUCAAGCAGUACAUGCCGCACGCCCAGUUGGUGGUCCGCAUCAGAUGCGACGCCGAGUCAGCCCUGUGCCCGCUCGGCAUCAAGUUCGGCUGCGACCCGAUCACCGAGGCUCCCAGGCUGCUCAAGCUGGCUGCGGUCUUCGGUCUCAGGGUGGUGGGCGUGUCGUUCCACGUGGGCUCGGGCGCGCAGGAGACGGGCGUGUACGCGCGCGCGAUCCAGUUCUGCCGCGCGCUCUUCAGCCUGGGCGCGGCGGCCGGACACUCGAUGCGCCUGCUCGACCUCGGCGGCGGAUUCCCGGGACACUCGGGCUCCAGCAUCCGCGAGGUGGCGCAGGUGAUCAACGCGGCGUUGGACGCCAACUUCUCCGGCUGCGAGGUGCGCGUUAUCGCCGAGCCGGGCCGCUAUUUCGCCGCAGCCGCUUACACCCUGGCCGCAAUGGUGCAUGCCAAGCGCGAGAUUCCUGCAAAGGACGAUGAGGAAGGCGAAGAACUGCAUACCAUGUAUUUCAUCAACGAUGGCGUCUACGGAUCGUUCAACUGUCUGCUGUAUGAUCAUCAGGUGGUGGUGCCCAUUCCACUGCAGCAGACGGAGGGAGCGCCGCGCAGCGCGUCCGUGUGGGGCCCCACGUGCGACGGGCUGGACUGCGUAGUACCGCGCACCCGGCUGCCGCCGCAGCCGCUGGGCGCGUGGCUGGUGUUCCGCGACAUGGGCGCCUACACGCUGCCCGUGGCGUCCACCUUCAACGGCUUCCCCGUGCCGAAGGUGCGCGCCGUCGUCGACCGCCGACUGUGGGCGGUGCUCAAGGAGCUGUGGCCCCUCACCGAGGCGCACUUCGCGGAGGGCGAGCGGCUCGCGGAACCGCAGACGCCGCCCCCCUCGCCGCUCGCGCCCGCCGACGCCCUGCCCCGCACCGUCUUCGUGGAGUGCGCCCUCAAG